AUUCCUUUUUUUUUCGUCAGACGUAGCACCACUGUACUGCUGCUUCGAGGGUGUAUUGAAAAAUCAGCAGUAAAAGUGGUACUUUCUUCUUUCAUCACGCGUCGUCACGUUGUGCUAAUACUUCGAUUUGUCCCGGUGAAAUUUUACUUCAGAUGCCAAUGAAUCCUGAAUUUUUCCUCUGACUUUCGGUUGACCCGGAGAGGAUGCCGAGGCCGAAGAAAAAACUCAUCGGAAAUCUUUCUAGGAUAGUUUGAAGAAAUAAUGCCAUUUUCGAACGAUUCCUCGGGAGAAGACGUGUGUAUUCUGAGGAUCGGCAGCAAAACGACAACUAACUGAGUAUCCCAAUCAAGAUGGAAACGACUUCCUGACAAUCAACGGUUUUCACCCCAGGAGAAGACCAGCAGGUACGCUGCUAUAAGUACCCGGAAAGGACAAUAGGAAACGCAAUUUACAGCCAUGAUCCCGGCAUUGCUGGUCCUCUGGAUAAGCUGGGCCCUGGACCUCGUCUCUGCGGGCAUCAUCCCGCCACCCUGGGUCGACCUGGCCCGGAACCCGUGCUCCAAGGACAGCUGGCAACAACUCUACUGGCCCAUGGACGGCCAGUGCUAUCGCAUUUUCCAACGUGGGCCGUGUCGGGAAACCUUUGAGUUGGUGUUCAAUGGCAAAUCCGGCGCCGCCGAGUGUCGGUGUCCGCAUCAUCACGUCAUGUGGAUCGGCGACGGGUUGUGUUACCGACAGUUCAGUCGUGGGCCCUGUAGUCUCGACGAGUAUCUGGCCGGUGUAGAGGGCGCUGUUGACGAAACUCAACGAGCCGAGUGUCGCAAAAGAAAGCCGUGUCCGGAAGGAUGGCUCUUCUGGCCUCAGGACGGGCAAUGCUACUCCAAUUAUUCGAAGGGCCCUUGCUUCAAGGGCGACUUGAUCUACCAAGACCCGGAAACUGGAGAUGUGAAGUGUGGUUGUGAGUCCAAGAGGAUGCCGAAGUUUUACUGGCCUCAAAGUUACGCUUGCUACGAGCACUUCACCACUGGACCCUGCAACGAAGGCUACCUCUUCAUCCACAACAGGACGGCUCGUCAGGUGCAGUGCGCCUGCAACGCGAACCUCACGGCACACUACCACCCGCACCUGGGCGAGUGCCACCAGCUGAACGUGCAGGGCCCCUGCGCCCGGGGCCAGUGGUACGUGUUCAGCCCGGAACGCCGCCGCCCCGAGUGCCAGUGUCGGCCUCAGCACACCCCGUGGGCGUCGACGAGUCGCGAGGGCGGCGUGUGUCAUCGGGAAUACACGCGGGGUCCGUGCGGCGCCAACGAGGCCGUGGUGCACAAUACCACCACGGGUUCGGGCACUUGCGUGCCCGUGCCCUGCAAACCCGGGCAACUCUUUUUCCCGCAGCUCGGGCAGUGCUUUCGGAUCGGGUCGCGGGGACCGUGUCCAGCUGGCAAGUUGGUCAUGUACGAGAUGUACCAUAGGUCCACGCAUCGGGGACUCUGCUCCUGUUCCAAGGACCUCUCGCACAACUUUUGGCCAGAGACCGGGGAAUGCUUUGAGACGGAUACUCGAGGUCCAUGUGGUGACCUGCAGGAAAUAGAGCUCAGAUAUUGGUGUCGCAGUCCCAUUUACAAGUAUUGUAGCAAGAGCAAAAAGAUAAAUUAUCCCAGGGAAGUUUACGUGAAACGUCAUGAAGAAUUUGGAUUUGUGGGAGUCUUUAGGAUUUUCAGUUGGCUUCAAGAGCCUUGUAGAGUUUUUAGUGCUUUGUUGACAGCGAAAUCUGAGCAGGGGCGGAAAUCUGUGCCAUAUGUUGGCCGUAAAAGGUUUCCGAACUCCUUGCCUGGCUGGCGGGCUAUUUGUCUUUCUCGAUACGGGGUGUCGUUUUACUGGUCUUCGCUUUAA